AUGGACAGGCAACGGUCGUGUCUAACCUGCCUGUGCUUCGGUGUCCUGGCAUUCAACUCGAGUCUCGCCAUCUACCGCUCCUGGGGCGACGCCGGGUCCGUGGGACUCGUGCUGCUCGCGGAUGCUACGCUCCUGCUGCUUUUCCUCUGCCUCCGUGAGUUCGAGCGAGGCGUUGGCAGGGGCAGGGAUGCAAUGAUCAAGGCCGCGGUGUGGGCGCUCACGACGCUGCUCACGGCCAUGUUCGCGUCCAGGGUUGCGCCGCUGAUGCCACCGCUCGUCGGCGCCCUUGUCUGGGCGAUGGCCGUCGCCACGGCCACCGGCGGCCUCUGGGUGUUCUUCCUGAAUCCAUGA